UAUUUACUACUGGUGAUAUCAACAAAGAUGGGAAGCUGGAUUUUGAAGAAUUUAUGAAAUAUCUUAAAGAUCAUGAGAAGAAAAUGAAAUUGGCAUUUAAGAGUUUGGACAAAAAUAACGAUGGAAAAAUUGAACCUUCAGAAAUUGUCCAGAGUCUCGAGAUGCUGGGUCUGAGUAUUUCUGAAAAACAAGCAGAGUUGAUUCUUCAGAGCAUUGACUCUGAUGGGACAAUGACAGUGGAUUGGAACGAAUGGAGGGACUACUUCUUAUUUAACCCUGUGACAGACAUUGAGGAAAUUAUCCGUUUCUGGAAACACUCUACUGGAAUUGAUAUAGGGGAUAGUUUAACUAUUCCCGAUGAAUUCACAGAAGAUGAGAAAAAGUCUGGACAGUGGUGGAGGCAGCUGUUGGCAGGAGGGGUGGCUGGCGCAGUCUCCAGGACAAGUACCGCCCCUCUGGAUCGCCUCAAGGUCAUGAUGCAGGUUCAUGGUUCCAAAUCCAUGAAUAUAUUUGGAGGCUUUCAGCAGAUGGUGAAAGAGGGAAGAAUCUGUUCUCUUUGGAGAGGAAAUGGCACAAAUGUCAUUAAAAUUGCUCCUGAGACAGCUGUUAAGUUCUGGGCCUAUGAACAGUACAAGAAGUUGCUUACUGAGGAAGGACAAAAAAUAGGAACCUUUGAGAGAUUUAUUUCUGGAUCCAUGGCUGGAGCAACUGCACAGACUUUUAUUUAUCCCGUGGAGGUUUUGAAAACCAGACUGGCUGUAGCCAAAACUGGACAAUAUUCUGGAAUAUAUGGCUGUGCCAAGAAGAUUUUGAAACAUGAAGGGUUUGGGGCUUUUUACAAAGGCUAUGUUCCCAACUUGUUAGGGAUCAUACCGUAUGCAGGCAUCGAUCUUGCUGUGUAUGAGCUCUUGAAGUCCCACUGGCUGGAUAAUUUUGCAAAAGACUCUGUCAACCCUGGGGUGAUGGUGCUGCUGGGCUGUGGAGCCUUAUCCAGCACCUGUGGGCAGCUGGCCAGCUACCCCCUGGCUUUGGUGAGAACACGCAUGCAGGCUCAAGCCAUGGUAGAAGGAGCUCCACGGUUGAACAUGGUUGGCCUUUUUCGCAGAAUAGUUUCCAAAGAAGGAAAAUCAGGACUUUAUAGAGGCAUCACCCCAAACUUCAUGAAGGUGCUCCCCGCUGUUGGCAUCAGCUAUGUGGUGUAUGAAAAUAUGAAGCAGACUCUAGGGGUGGCCCAGAAGUGACAUGUCGAAGCCUUUCCUUUUGUAUGAUGACUGAGAUUUUCAGUGUUCUCUGCGGCGACUUCUAGAAUGACAGGAAGUCUAUUGAAAAGAAGCUGUUUGUUUUCCCACAAAGGGGAAGAGUAUAUCAUGAUCACGUCAAACGUUUGGGCUCAGUUUUAGAUCUUCAGUACUGUUAAAAAUCAUAGUUUUCAUAAGUUUGGAGGAACCCACAAAAUUGUACUUUAUCUUUUUCUAAUCAUCCCUUCACCAGAUCUGUGUCCUUCACCGUAAAUCUGAAAAUGUACUUGCAUGAGCUGAAUUCACUUUGUGUGGUAGAAUUUAUAAACCACUAGCCUUUAUUUUUAUUGACUAAGCUUCCAUCAAUUCCUUUAUACUAAAUUUCUAUUUUAAAAACCAAAAUGAUCAGAAAGGCUUGAAACUUAAAUUGUUUUAUGUAUAUUGAAUGUUUUUAUACACUUCUUAACAUCCCCUUACGGGAUCAUUACUAGAAAAAAUUUUGAUCCAAAGAGAAAUUAUGGACUUGUGUUUACAACUCAUAUUCUACCUUCAUACUUGUAUUACUGAUGCCUGAUGCUGUGUCAGUAGUUUUAUACUAUGUGAAAAGCAAGGGACUGUACUUUGUAUUUAAAAUAGACCUUGUAGCAAUUGGGUAUAGGGUUUAUAUCUUCAUCUCUAAAUUGGGUAGGGAUGAAUUAUCACAGCAAAAUUUCUGUGGAGGAGCACUGAGAUGAUAUUUAUUUCAGUGCACACUUUUCCAUUUUACUUGGAUUGUUAUUUGGUACCUGAGAUUAGACACUGAUUACUGCAGAUUGUUAUUGUUAAAUUAUCAAUACAACACGACGUAUCUGAAAGAUCACAGUCUGUCAUUG